AUGGAAACAACAAAACUCAUGCUGGAUGAGCCUCAGCCUAGAAGAAGGCAAAAUCUUCAGGAGCUGCUGACAGAAGUGGGGUUGUCUGUUGACUACUGGCUGCCUAAGCUUCAGGAAAGCCUGGGUGUGACCUGUACCCAGGCUUUACAACACUUAGAAGAACAAGACCUCCAGAAGCUGAAGUCCCAGACACAACACACAUGGGAGAAAAAAGCUCUGAAAAAACUGUUUGACCUCUCACAGACAAACAGUGUUGCAGAGUUCCAGGAGACUCCAGGGGAGAUGAUGAACAAGAGGCAGAGGCAGGCAGAACAGGCACUGCAGGAACUGAGGGCCUUGCAUUCAAAAGGGAAGAGCAGACAGGAAGAGGAAGUGAAGAGGAAAGAAGCAGAACUGAGGCAAGCAAUGGAAAUCCCUGAAGAGUGCUGGCCAGGGCCUGAAGUGCCCCUAAAAGACACCACAGAAAUAAUGGAGAGACAUCUCGGCCACAUAGAACAGACACUACAAAAUAGUCAAAACUUCUCAGAUAGAGACCUGCUAAGAUUCACAUCUGGUGGUCUGGCCCUGCAGGGAAUUUAUAAGACCAGCCACCAAAAGGAUCUGGUAACAAGGAGAGAAGAACUACUCAGGGUCCCAAAAGAAUUGUUCCUCUUUGGACCUGAGCAAGGAAAACGAAUGGAAACAAAAGAGUUCACAUCUUCUGAAGAAGAAUCCCUGUUCAAUGAAACUGUGGAGAAGUUUGGUUUCGGGUUAACACUGUCAAACAAGGGUGGAGGCUGGGGAUUUAAUUUGGAAGGUGGGUUGGAUAAAGUCAAGCAUUCCAAGUCCAAAGAUGCCGACCAGUCAUGUUCUAAUCUCUCUUAUUUCUGCUCAUCGAUGUACAGUUACAACCCAGUAGCCUCCUUCUACUUUUGCAAAGAUCAGCUCCAGCUUUCCACCGCUGCUCUUAAAGAACUGAAAAUCAUUGAACAACAACUAGAACACACUGAUGGGCCAGACAGAUUCCUUGUAGUCAGAAACAGAACUGAAAAUUUCUUUAACAGAUUUGGCUCUCAUGCUAAUCAAGGCCCUCUGCACCUUGGGGGAAUCUACUGCUGGAAGGCCAUCUCGGAGGGUUUCAGAAAAGACCAGCUGGGUCAUGUGAAACAGCAGACAGCAGAGGCCUUGGAUAGUUACAUAAAGGGGAGCUACAGUGGCUUUGGAGUUGAAGUUGAGGGAGGAAUGACAGCAUCAGGUGAGCACUUAGUAAGAUUCUACAAAACAACAACUGAUCAACAGCUCCAAAUCAAAGUCCAAUUAUCUAUGGCCCAGAUAGGUGGACCACCAGAAGCAAAUGGAAUUGUUCAGUGGACAACUGGCCUUCGUGCCAGCAACAAAACCUGGUAUGUCAUUGACCGAGAAAUUCAGCUGGUACCCAUGUGGGAAAUCAUCCUAUAUAACCAUAAAAGCAAUUUUAAGAACCCCUUUCUGGUGGCUAGCUGCCUGGCAAACAAUUACUCUGCUCUGACAGGCCUUGUUGCCCAUAUCCAGGCUGAAGAGGAGUUACUGAGCUCCAUAGAGGAAGCAGGACAUUUCCUGGAUGAUGUGAAAUCCUGGGAGGUUUCUGACCCUGAACAACAGCUUAACAGCGUGAUUGGUUUUAUGAAAACAUCGGCUCACAAGACAAAAGGUUAUGACGUUUGGAUUAAUACAUGCCUCACAAAUUGUAAUCUACAGAAUUUUCUCAUAAGCACUGUCAACUUUUGCAAAAGUUCUCCCAUUAAAAAAUCUCAAUUUAUUAAAUAUCAGUUUCGCAGCCUUCUAAAACCUCAUGUUUACAAGGUGAAAAACUUUCCUCAGGUGAAGUCAAUCAUGCAGUGGAUCGACCAGACAGAGUCAGAGGAACAGCAAAUCAAAAUCACUGAAUUGUCUGAAUUCUUUAAAAAUUUAAAGGAAAUCCAAAAAUCUCUCACAGAAGCCAACAUCAAAUCUGAGUCCCCAGAAGUAGUGGAAGAGGCUCAAAAAAAGGCAACAUGUGAUGUCACCACAGUUCUUGAUGCCUUCUUGAACUAUCUCAGAGAAACAGAGCAGCCAGACAUGCAGCUGCUACUACUCUCCAUUGCAGCUGGUGCAGGCUAUCAGUUGGAAAGCAAUGUGUUCCAGCCUCUCCUGGGGUGUGCUGAGAUAAACUUCCUGGUGGAUAAAAUACAAUCUGUCCAACACAGAUAUCAGGAGCUGAAAACUAUCUGCACUGACAGGGCACAGGCAUUCCUAGUGCUCAAAGCUCUGACGGCCACAGCUGGAGUCACAGCCAUUUCUCCAGAAGAAAAAGCACAACGCUUGACAUUAACAAGGCAGCAUUUGAAGUGUUUACUCUCUAUGAAAGUUGCAAAUGCCAUCAAAGAAUUUGAAACAGAUCAUGAUUGGGAGAAUUUAGAGAAUAAUUUGAGGUUACUCAUUGAUGGGAACUGUGAAGACAUCAACCCUUCUAUGAAGACAAAUGAGGUGAACAAACAAUUGGAAAGUAUCCUGAAUAAAAAGAAAGAAACUUAUAAACAACAAAAUGAUGAUAAGAAUGAAAAUGAGGUGAUAGAAAAGGGACCUUUCCUAGACUUACUCCAGCGACUUGGCUUAGAACAUCACUACCCAAAAAGAAUGAGCAGAGCUGACUUCCAUCUAAUCUAUAAGACUUCUGUGUACAAUACACAGCCAAGAUCUGAACAGGAACUUCCCUUCUAUUUCCUACAAAAGCUACUGAUGCUAGAUUGUGGGUUCAGACAUCUAGUCUUCAAAAAUAAUGGAAAUGCAGAAAACCAAGACUUUGUAGGUACUUGCAACUCAGAAAAUGAGGUUUUUGAUCCAUAUGAAGAGCCGUUUGAUGGCAGACAUAAACUCCCUAAUUCUUCACCCACUGAGUUCUGGCCCCACAUUCACCCAAUGGACAUCCAGAUGGCCAUUUUUCACUGUGCAGAUGAUCUGGCCAGACAAUACAUUUUGUCCAAACUUUCCAUUUGUCAAUUUGCACUCCCCCUUGUAGUGCCAAAUCCCAACACUUCUCAGAUGGAAUUCUCUCUCUGGUCUCUCAGACAAAUCAGGAGAAGUUGGCAAGAGUCAAGUAAAUCACCACAGGACAAGAGCUACAGUCACAAGAAUCAGCAGAUGUGCUGCGUCUCUGCCCCCAUAGUGUCCUUCAUUAGAGUUGGAAAAGGCUUCUCUGCUUCCAAAUCUCAGAUCAUGAACUCUCUUCUCAGUAAACGUAAACACGAUGUGUUUUUUCACAGGCACUGCAGAGGAAGCAGCAAACACUGUCUCCUGAUGGAGGGAGUGGUGGAGGUCUGCUGGUUCUUUCCUGAAGGUAAAGAUGAGGACAUAUUUGACAAGUGUGUGACCUUUGCUAAUCUUCAUGGAGAUGCCAAAGAACACAGUCAACAACUCAGCUUCCUGCAGGAUGUCUCUUCUGUCAUUGUGAUCCUCAUGUCAGCUUCUGAUGACAAUAAAGAAAACCAAAACCUUGUCAGACACCUCUGUCAGUCAUCAACAUCCCUGAUCUGUUUGAUUGAUGACAAAGAACAGACCAUAGCCAAUUAUUCUGGAAAAAGAAUGAGAAUUGGUAUCAGAAAUAGAAAUGAGGCAGAGUUAACAGAGGAGCUCACAAAUGCCAUCAAACAUUUACUGGAAAUUUCUGGCCAUCCACUCAGCUUAGAGUACUGUUCAAAGACAGCUAUAAAACAAGGAUUUCUGAUUGAUGAAAAUCAAAGAGAAAUGAAGGAAGCCAAAGAAAAGGCACGGACUAUAAUGGACCUCCUGAAACUAUCAAAGUUACCCGAGAUCAAAGAAAAUUUGCUGCCCCUGCAGGGACAACUUUGGCACCUUUGGUGUAAGAAGGACAAGGAACUCUAUCAUCUGAGAGAAAGGGGGAAUCAGAGCAUUGAACAACACAAGAGUGAAAUUGAGGUAGAAAAACAAAGAAUACGACGUCAGCAAUUUAAUAAGGCCAAUCCUCUCAAUCCUUUAAUGAGCUCUGUCCUACAAAGUCUCCAAGAAGAUUCAGAAAUUUACCCCAAACUAUAUUUCUUACACUGGAUAAGUAUGGUUUUGGAAAACCUAACCUCAGAACACUUGAGGAAUUUGAAUAGAAGGCAACAAUCUCUGUGGUCACAGGUACAGGCAGAAAAGCAGAAAGCACAGAAGAACAGCUCCCUGACACGCCAGCAGGAGCAGAUAGAAGCCAUCUCUACCGAGAUUCUUAACUGCACUUUAGGAAUUGAGCACCUUCUCCGAGAAGUUGGCCAGAUCUAUGAAGCUCUGGAAGAAAUUUCCUCCACUAGAGAUAGCCUUUUACUCUGCCUCCCCCAGAUUGCUGCAGACCUGAUGGUAGCUGGUCUUCCCAUUGAGCUGAUGGAUGGGGAUGCUUCAUAUGUGCCUCUAAAGUGGGUGGCAGCUGUUUUUGACAAGAUCUCAGAGAAAGUUGGAGACAAAAGACUGUUUGUUCUCUCUAUCCUCGGUCUGCAGAGCUCAGGGAAAUCCACCCUACUGAAUGCACUGUUUGGGCUGCAGUUCACAGCCAGUGCAGGCAGGUGCACCAAGGGGGCAUACAUGCAGCUCAUGAAGGUAAAAGAGACAUUCACAGAAGAACUUGGCUUUGAUUUUGUGCUUGUUGUAGACACAGAAGGACUUCGGGCUCCAGAAUUCAACAACAAAUCCCACCACUGGGACAAUGAAUUGGCAACAUUUGUCAUUGGCCUUGGAAACUUGACUCUAAUCAAUAUUUUUGGGGAGAAUCCAUCAGAGAUGCAGGAUGUCCUACAAAUAGUUGUCCAGGCUUUUCUGAGAAUGAAACAAGUGAAAAUCUCCCCCAGUUGCAUCUUUGUCCAUCAGAAUGUGGGAGAAGUUACAGCUAAAGACCAAACUGUGGAAGGACGAAGGAGACUGGAACAGAGACUGGAUGAGAUGACAGCAUUAGCUGCGGAACAGGAAGAGUGCUCAAACAUAACCCGCUUCAGUGAUGUAAUUAAGUUUGAUGCCAAUAGUCAUGUCUACUACUUUGCUCACCUCUGGGAUGGCAAUCCCCCAAUGGCCCCUCCCAAUCCUCACUAUAGCCACAAUGUCCAGGAACUGAAGAGUGGGAUUCUUACAAUUGCCCAGCAGGAAUCCAGGGGAAGAAUCAUGAAGAUCUCAGAUGUAAAAUUCCGUGUUCAAGACUUAUGGAAAGCCUUGGUCAGUGAGAACUUUAUUUUCAAUUUCAGGAACACCCAAGAGGUCAUAUCCAUGAGCAAACUGGAAACCAGGUAUAACGACUGGACUUGGGAGCUGAGGAGCCAGGUGUUGGAUUUACAGAAUCAGUUGACCAAUCAGAUAAAGAAUGGGAACGUUCUGACACUCACACCCAGCAAACUGGAGGGUCCAGUUAAUAAGAAGUAUGAAACUAUCAAGGAAGAUUUUGAUAAAUAUUUUGAAGAAGACACAGAUGAAAUAUUGGUACAAUGGAAAUCAAGCUUUGAACAGAAGCUACAAAUGCUUAAAGAUGCACUUAUUUCAGACACCAGAAGGAAAUGCAAUGAGCUCAUCAGUCUUAAACAAAGCCAAGAAAGACUAGAUAACCAAAUGUCACAAUAUGGAAACGAACUGUUAGAGAGGAGCCGAGAGUUGGCUUUGAGUGUGAAGGGUGAAGAAUUCAGUGAUGAAGAGUUGCAUAAGAAGUUCGAUGAACUUUGGACAAAAUGGAUCCGCAAAGUUUCUUUGACCGCACCUCUUGUCAAAGAGGCUAACAUUGAUUGGGAUGCUGAAAAUAUCCUUCUGGAGCAUUUCAAAAAGGAGAAAAACAUUGUAGAAAGACUUAAAAAGAACUCUGGAGAAAAGUUUGAACUCAAUUUUGCCAAACAUGUCCAAGUGAGAAAACAGUAUGGGUUAAUUUCAAAGUCUUUAGAAGCCUGUCAUAAAGAAUCCAUUAAGAGGACUACUAGUAACAUUUCUUUAAGAUUUGAUGAAAUAAUUGAAAACAUUUGGAAGCAAAGGCGUGAUUAUAGUCAGAAUGAUUUUCAUGAAAUCUUGAAGAUAAUAGAAAAUGAGCUGAAAUCUGCACACAAUGAGAAAUAUUACACGUUUACCAAAGACUACACCAUUGACUUAUCCUUAUGCUUAUUUUUAACGGCAUCUAAGCAUUUCAGAGAAAUCCAUGAGGAAUUCAAGAGAACAAAUAAUCCUGUGAACUAUAUGGAGAGCAAGAAAGAUGAUUUCUUCAUGAGUUUUAAGAUAUCCUGCCAAGGUGCCACCUCCAUCAAAUCCUGUGCUGACUUCCUGUGGCUCAAGCUCACUCCUGCUAUCUCUGCCACUAUAUGGGAGCAAAUGGUCACUAAAAUAGCUGGGGAAAUGAGAGCCACCUGCCCUGCAUUUAAUGGAAACAGGGCUAACUUGGAAAAACAUGUUCUCAUUUCUCUGGCAGAAGAAGAAAACUUUGAAAAGUAUUGGCAGUACAUUCAUCAUCCAGAAUCCUUUUUCAGGGCUUACAUUAGAGACCAUAUUAGAAGAUACUUGUCAGCAAAAGAAGGUGAAAAAAAAAAUACUUUUAUAAAAAUAAUUUUAGGUGACAUCAAGAAUGCCAUCCUCUCUGCCAUUCAUGAGUCCACAGUAGUGGCUAAAGAUAAAGGCAGCACUGCAUCUGGCUGGUUGGAUUUGUUCUGUGAUCACCUAGGAAGCAACCUGAUCUUUCCAAGAAGAGACCUCAUAAGCAUCGAGCACCAGGAGAUAAAGGACACUGAGUUUCUCAAAGAAGCCAUGAGUGCAGCUUUAGAUCCUGCACUGAAGAAAGUAAAAGAGGACUGCUCAAGUAAGCCCACAGAUGAAAUGAUUCCUGACAUUGAGAAAAUUCUCUCUGAGCAUCUCUGUGGCUGCUGGAAGCAAUGUCCUUUUUGUAAAGCAAUUUGUACCAACACCAUUCCCGAACAUGAUGGAGACCACAGUGUGCCAUUCCACCGUCCUCAUGCUAUCAGUGGAUGGCGCUAUCAUAAAACAGACUACUUUGUCAUUGAGUUCUGUACUACUUAUAUAGCAAGUGAUCGUUCAUUUAUUUUACAUGACCUCCGGAGUUUCCCAUACAAGAAAUAUCGAGAAGCAGGAGAUGAUUUUGCCACAUGGAGCAUCACCCCAGACUCAUCUACACAGCCAUAUUGGAAAUGGUUUAUCUGUCACUUCAGAUCAAAGCUAGAAGAAAAAUAUGGAAAAAAAUUUACAGACAUAGGUAGUAUUCCAGAUUCAUGGACCAAAAUCACAAAGAAAGAAGUACUUGAUGACUUGAAAAAUUAG